AUGAAGUUGAACAAGCUCAAGGUCAGGCCGAAGAAGGAUGCAGCAGCUGCUCCUUGCGCUGCCGAGUUCGCCACCAUGUUGGCUUGCUGGGCUUCUUCGAACGAUCUUAACAAUAUUGGCGCUUGCAAGGAUUCCGCUCGUGCUCUCCAAGAGUGCAUGGCUAGCAGGAAGCCCCGCGGUGGCGUAUCCAAGCCAACGAUCAACUACCAUCUUGCAAGGUUGUCCAAGCAGAUCUGA